UGUUGCAGGGUCGGUCCCACCCGAUGACCAGGGCUGGACACGGUUUCUCUUUUCUGGUUCUGCCGGCUGCUGGGCGAUCCCACCGUGGACCCGAGCAUCACUGGACGGGUGGUCAUGUCAGAGCCACGUGCAGUGAAGCCUCUCGGCCUCUGGGGGCCUUAGGAUCUCCCCCUGCGGUGUGCGGUGUGGGUGGGACCUUCUGCCUUCUCAGGGCCGCCCCUCCUGCAUGGCCUGGGGCGUCCAAGUUCCCCUUCUGUGCUUGGCCAAGGCUCUGUCUCUGUCACCCUCUGGCUUCCUGUUGGGGCUUCCUCGUUCCCUCCCCACAUUCGGGGCGCUUCCCUCCCCAGCAGAGGGACCUGAACCAGCUCUGUGCUGGCGGAUGCGGACAUGGUGCCCCUGCUGCUACUGCCCCUGCUGUGGGGGGGGUACCUGCAGGAGCUUCUAGGGUAUGAGCUCCGAGUGCAGGAAUCAGUGGCGGUGAAGGCGUGCAUGGACGUCCACGUGCCCUGCUCCUUCUCCUACCCCUGGAAUUCGGGAUAUCCCUGGUAUUCCUCUGGCGAACUCUUCAUCUACUGGUUCCGGGAAAAUGACCACCACACAAAUGAUGCUGUGGCCACAAACGACCGAAAGAAACGAGUGAAGCCAGAAACCCAGGGCCGAUUCGGCCUCCUCGGGGACCCCAGCAACAACGACUGCUCCCUGAGCAUCAGAGAGGCCAGGCUGAGCGACUCAGGAGUCUACUACUUGCGAGUGGAGAGAGGACAUGAUGUGAGAUACAGUUACAGAGAUAAGAAGCUGAAUUUGCAGGUGACAGAGAAACCCGACAUCCAGUUUCUGGAGCCUCUGGAGUCCGGCCGCCCCACAAAGCUGACCUGCAGACUGUCACCAGCCUGUGAUGAGCCACACCCUCUCCUGUUCUCCUGGGCGGGGGACGCCCUUGAUGCCAUGAACCCAGACACCCUCCACUCCUCGGAGCUCACCCUCACCCCGAGGCCCCAGGACCACGGCACCAACCUCACCUGUCUGGUGACACUCCAGGGAUCCCAGGUGGCCCUGGAAAGAACCGUCCGGCUCAACGUCUCCUAUGCUCCGAGGAACCUCCGCAUCAGCCUCGCCUUCAGAAAUGUCACAGCCUUCAAGAUUCUGCAGAACACCUCAUCUAUUCUCAUCUCAGAGGGCCAGGCGCUGCAGCUGCUGUGUGUUGCUGACAGCAAGCCCCCUGCACAGCUGAGCUGGUUCCGGGGGUCUCCCGCCCUGGAGGCCGCCCCCAUCUCGAGCACCGGGGUCCUGGAGCUGCCGUAUUUAGAAACUGCAGAAGCAGAGCUCACCUGCCAGGCUCAGAACCCGCUGGGCUCCCAAAAUAUCUCCCUGAGCCUCUCCGUGGUCUUGCCCCUGCAGCUGCUGGGCCCCUCCUGCUCCCAGGAGGACGAGGGUCUGCGCUGCAGCUGCUCCUCCAGAGCCCGGCCGGCCCCCUCCCUGCUCUGGAGGCUGGGUGAGGGGCUGCUGGAGGGGAACUUCAGCAACGCCUCCUUCGAGGUCAGCUCCAGCUCCGCCGGGCCGUGGGCCAACAGCUCCCUGAGCCUCCGUGAGGGGCUCAGCUCCGGCCUCAGCCUCAGCUGCGAGGCCCUGAACGUCCACGGGGCCCGGAGCGGGUCUGUCCUGCUGCUGCCAGGGAAGCCUGCAUUCCUGGUUGUUGGGGCUCUUGGAGGCGCUGGUGCCAUGGCCCUGCUGUCCCUGUGCUUGUGCCUCCUUUUCUUUUACAUACUGAAAGCCCGCAGAAAGCAGGCAGCCACGAGACCAGAGGGUGUGGAUGAUGAAGACCCAGUCAUGGGUACCGUCGCCUGGGGUUCCAGGCAAAAGCCUUGCUCAGACAGCCCCCCUGACCAGAUUGUGCUGUCCCCUGCAGAGGACACCCCACCCCCAGGGGAACAGGAAGAGCUCCAUUAUGCCUCCCUCAACUUUCAUGAGAUGACAUCUCGGGAGCCUCAGGACCAGGAGGCCACCAGCACCGAGUACUCUGAGAUCAAAACAAGCUAAUGAGGACUCAUCCAGACCUCAGUCCCAGCUGGGGGAACCACAGCCUCUAUGGGGACAAGGAGAGGUCAGGGACUAGUUGAUGAAGCCUUGGUGGCAAUAUUUAACUACUGUAUGAGUGUCCCCAGGUAGAACAGAAAGAAGACAGGGGAUGGGAUCAGAAAAACAGGCUCACAGACAGGUUCCAGCACUUCCUAAGGUAUCAUUAUCAAGCAAUUCAGUCCACCUGUCUGUGUCUCGGUUUUAUGUUCUGUAAAUCAGAGAUCAUGUGUCUUAUCUCCAAGUUGGUGAACAUUAAAGAAAGAACAUAUAAAAAGAAAAAAAUAAAGGGGAAAAACCUCAAAGGAAAAAAAGGAAGAACAUAUUAAAGCCAACAAACAGAGGUUCCAUCACAUGGCGUGUGCCUAGUGUCUGCUGGUUCCUCUUCCUGAACAGAAAGGUCCUCCCGUCAAGUUCUUCUGAGGGUGACUAGUGUUGACUGGAAACAAGUAGACAGCCAGCUAUUUCCCAGCAAAGAUAGGUUUAAUUUGGCAUUAGCCCAGAAUUGCCGCUUGGGGUCUGCAACCAUGGAGAGCCAUGUGCAAGUUCCAAUUCAAGGAGGGAAGGAGACCGCUUUUAUAGAGGAGCAAAGGAAGUUGAGGGCUAGAGGAAAGAGUGAGUCCAUGGCUUUUCAUUGGCUGAGUCCUUGCCAGGAAAGGAGUCUUCCUUCUUCCUGUUGGGCUCUGGUAUCAUCACUGCCAGUGAGAGUGCCCCCUUCUGGACUCUAACUGAGGCUUCAGUUUAUUCGUUUUUUACACCAGAACAGAGGACAGAGUGGCAACUUAUUGAUGUCAUUCUCCAUCCCGAAACUCUUUGGAAUCUCCCCAGGGAAAGACGAGCCCCUCAGCCUGGCAUUCAGUUCAUAAUACAGCAUCUUAUAAUCUC